CCACCCGUAGACGGGAAACCGAAGCUACGUCAAUAAAUAAAAGCAAAACCCAAAUGUACCCUGCAAUUAAUAGAAUACCCGUGCCCUCGUGCCCAUUUCUUCAGUCAAAAACCUUCCAACUGAGGGGUCUUUCGGUCUAUCAAAUCGGAACUGGCGCGUCCCUCACUGUUUGCCCCAGUGACCGACCUCGACGACGGCAGCUUAAGAUCUCCGCCGGCCGCCGAGGCGGGAUCCCCGUCUCGGUGCCGGUCGCUUCCUUCCUCCGAGGCGAUCGCCCCACAUCGGGGCAGCUCGGUGUCUCGUCGAAGAUGGCGGCGGCGGAGGCGGUGGGAAAGCGUGGCGCGGCGGUGAUGGUGGCCCUGACAGCGGCGGCGGCUGCGGUCGCUUUCUUCUUCGGCUCCGCCGUCAAGGCCUCCACCAUCGAGGAGACCUUCGUCAAGGAUACCGUGUCGUCCCACGAUAUCGUCAUCUUCUCCAAGUCCUAUUGCCCGUAUUGCAGAAGAGCAAAAGCUGUUUUCAGAGAAUUGAACAAGGUCCCACAUGUUGUUGAGCUGGACCAGAGAGAAGAUGGAUCAAAUAUACAAGAUGCCUUGGCUAUUAUUGUAGGGAGGCGGACUGUCCCGCAAGUGUUUAUCAAUGGAAUGCACUUAGGUGGCUCUGAUGAUAUCGUAGAAGCACAUGAAAAUGGUAGGCUUGCAAAGCUUCUUGGUAUUGAUGGAAGUGAUGACCUCUGAAUCCUCCAAGCUGAGAGCAUCUAUCAUUCUCUUUCCCAAUUGUAUUGCGUGUGAUUGGAAGCACUGAAUGUUCUGCUGCAUUUGUUGUUGAUAUUUAAAUGUGUUGAAUCAAACGCAACACACUCAGUAUUGGAAAUCUAUGUUCUUUUUUAGCAGACUCAUGAAGCUACAUUCUUCCUCUGUUUCGGUCUUACCAGUUGGAACCUGAACCAUCUGUUGGAUCAAACAACAGUUAGCUGAUUGCUCUGAUAUCUUUGAGCUUCAAUACAACCAUCUCAUAGAUAUAAUUGCUUCUGGAUUUAGUUAAACCAGAUCACUGGACUAUUCAAA